AUGCGGCGUGAUGUCAAACCAGAUGAAAAAGAUUCAGGGGGACGAACGCCUCUGUCUCAUGCAGCCAAAGAGGGCCAUGCCGAAGUUGUCUGGCUUCUGUUGACCCGAGGCGAUAUCGACAUCCACUCAAAGGAUAGUAGAGGACAGACACCACUAUUCCAUGCAGCGGCAAACGGGCGCAAAACCAUCAUAUCAAUGUUG